CUCCAACCUCAGACAGUCAAACCUAUUCUCUCCUGCGACAUUAUCGAAGCGCUAAAACGGUCCUUUUUCGAGUUCUGUACUCCUGUUCAGGCCGAGAUGAUCCCUUUACUCUGCAGCAACAAGGAUGUUGUCGUCGACGCUCCACCGGUUCUGGGAAAACCCUAGAUUUCCUCGUCCCACUCGUCGAACUCAUCCGUGGAUCCCCCUCCUAUACUCCUAUCCUCCCAAGCCUCACCAGAAAGGCGAAAGCUGACAUGAAGACUAUUGAAGCAGAAGGAGCCAAUCUCUUGAUUGGCACACCUGGAGAAAGAAUAUGUAGGGUUUAUGCACAUAAGAAGAACCCUCUUCAAGAAAGAAGAUGCUCUGAGAACGCAUCCGAUGUCAUCCCGAUGGUAAGAAAACACUUGCAUGCCGCUACAAUGUAUUUGCUACAAUGUAUUCAGAUACGUGCAGCUGCCAUGAAGGACCAAGCAGUGUGGUUAAAGGGAAAAAAGGCAUUUUGUUUCUUGAAUUAUUUUGUCAAAGCUCGGAAGGAGCAUCACUGCUUUAACAUUCUCAGAUGGCAGGAACUUGAAAUCGGAAAGCUAGCCAUGGGAUAUGGCCUCUUUCUAAUGAGGGUUUCACACCCGUCGAAGGCGUUACUUUUGACGACAUAAAAUUCAAGGGCAAAACCCGGGAGAAACAAAGACAGCAAAACUUACUUAACAAGGAAAGAGGGAGGACAAGCAGAGAAAAGAGUGAGAGGCAAGAAACACUCCAAAAAGGCUUGUGCUACUAGUGAUUCUAGUAAAGGGUGAAGAAAGUUAACAGGGACGUGGAGACAAGCAAUCCAAACAGCUGAAGAUAGAGAAGAGUUGGAUCGAGACCGCUUUGAAAAAACAAAAGAAAGGGUUGAUUACAGAAGAUGAAUAUACAAAACUCACAGGAUUUCAUUAGAGCAGAGAUAGGGUGGUGGGAUAAGGGUAAUAGUUUAGUUGCAUGUUUUGAAAAUAAAAUGCUACAAUAAUAACUUUAAAAAUCAAAUAAUUGAAUAAAAAAUAAAAAAUAUUAAACUAUCUUAAUAAUUGUUGAACUAGUAUCUCUACUAACUCGGGGGAUGAUAUUUAGGAAGGGCGAAACAAAUGACUUUUAUUAAGAUAGUCAAAGAUCGUCGAAUUACAAUAUAACCGUUAUGAGCCGAUCGGCAAAUUACAGAGAAUUGUACUCUCAAAAUGACUAACUGAACUAUAGCUUAGAAUCGGAUUUAUUCCUGACUCCUGGCCAAUGUUACUUGAUCCCUUCUGCAAGCCGCUCCCUCGGUAUUUAUAGCUGAUGGGACGCUUCACUUCCCUGCCUCGGGAUCGAUGUGGGAUUGUCUUCAAGUAAAUUCGGUGAUCGUUCUUAUUCGGGCCGUCACUUAUUGGGCUGUCCGUCUCAAUUGGGCCUUCUAGGAGCUUUGUCGGCCCGAUAAGUAGGAGUUAGUCAGUCUACACUCCUGGAUUUUGGGGUGACUGUUUCGA